AUGAAUAAACGUAUUCCACAAUUAGUCGCUCGAGAAGACGAGCCUUCUACAGAAAACUCCGAAUCUUUAAAUUAUUUGAAGCAAAAGUUAUUGGAAAUUCGUAGACGUGAUUAUGAUAGUACUGCAAUCGCUGAUGCUAAAGCAAUUCAGAAGAUUUCAGCUGAAUUUGAAAUUUUGGUCUUUGGACCGGCAAGAGUUGGAAAAUCAGCUUUGAUCAAAGCGCUCUCAGGUGAUGCAAAUAUACAGACCAGUUUAGGCUUAAAUGCCUGCACAACAAUGUCGGAACGAUAUGUCGAUCAGUUUGGUGUUUGCUGGUGGGACACUCCAGGUAUUGAACAGUGGCAGGAAUCUGAUGCAAAAGCAUUUUUGCAUGACAAAUUCUACGUGCGUCGUAUCAUGCCACGUGCAGCCUUAUUUUGUCGAUCACCCGGGGCUUUGGGAAAUUUGUCAGUUGUCCGGUACAUGUUUAACGAACUGGAAAAACAUGGUGUUGUUCUGUUCAUCGUUCUUACACGAUGGCCGUUCUUACCUAACCGAGAACAAGUAGGUAUUGUGGAGGAAGCUGUUCAAAUUCUCGGUGGUGAAGCGCAGGGCAUCUAUCCUGUUCAAAUUACCUCUCCCAUCACUACAGUUGAAGUCAUACCGAAACAAUCUUCGAUAUUCUGCAGUCGAUCCAAAGAGAUUCCGUCCCAACAACAGUCCACUUUAGUUGCUUCUGAGCAAAAGUAUCGUGCCAUUGAAUGUCGUGCCAAUUCGUCUUAUAUAGUACCUGUCAAUUCCCAUUCGGAUACGAAUAACAAUGGCGAAACAAUUCCUGCUUUGAAUGUCAAUUUACUACGGCAACUUAUUAUUCUCAAAACAGCUCAAGGUAACAGCAACGAUGAGAAAUUGAUUGAUUUGUAUAAAAAUCAAAUUUCACUUCUCACAAACGUUGGGUAUCAAGCCUUUGAGAUUCUCGACGAUCUUGGCUAUGGUGCAGCGCGAUUUCAUUUGAACAAGAAAGAGCUAGAAAUCUAUAAAUCGUUGAAAGAAGGUGGAAAUAAUAAACACUAUGCAACACCGACUGUUAAAACCGUCAUCGAUAAAGUGACAAGCACUAUAUCAUUGCCAGUAGCAUUAACGACACUUGCUGGGCAACUCAUAGGCCAUGCAACUAAAUAA